AUGCCCGCCGCCAGCUUGCUGCCGCUCUUCGGUAGCGCGGCGGGGCCGGGGACGCUGGGCGGCCCCGCGGGCAGCGGCGCGGGCGGCGGGGGCAGGAAAGCAGCGGGCCCCGGCGCGUUCCGGCUGACGGAGAAGUUCGUGCUGCUGCUGGUGUUCAGCGCCUUCAUCACCCUCUGCUUCGGGGCCAUCUUUUUCCUACCCGACUCCUCCAAGCUUCUGAGCGGCGUCUUCUUCCACUCGGCCGCCCUGCAGCCGCCGCCGCCGCCGCCCGGCGGGCAGCCCCGCGCCCCUCCGCAGCCCGGAGGCGGUCCGGCGGCAGCGGCGGCCGCGGGCGGGGCGGGCAGCCUGGAGCGGAUCCGCGCGGACCACGAGCGGGCUCUGCGGGAGGCCAAGGAGACGCUGCAGAAGCUGCCCGAGGAGAUCCGCAGAGACAUCCGCCAGGACAAGGAGAAACUUCUGCAGGACGCCCGUGGCAGGAAGGAGGCGGGCGCCCCCGGGCUGCCCCAGCGCCUCUUCCGCCAGCCCGUCGGCGCCGUGGGGCAGGAGCCCGCCGACCCCGACGUCCGGCAGAGGAGGGAGAAAAUCAAGGAGAUGAUGAAGCAUGCCUGGGAUAAUUAUAAGCGUUACGCAUGGGGAUUAAAUGAACUGAAACCCAUAUCUAAGCAAGGACAUUCAAGCAAUUUGUUUGGUAACAUACAAGGAGCAACAAUCGUGGAUGCCCUUGAUACACUAUACAUCAUGGAAAUGAAAGAAGAGUUCAAGGAAGCCACGGAGUGGGUUGAAAAAAACUUGGAUUUCAAUGUGAAUGCUGAAAUUUCCGUAUUUGAAGUGAACAUCCGUUUCGUUGGUGGACUACUUUCAGCUUACUAUCUUUCAGGAGAAGAAGUAAGUUGGUAUAUCUGA